CGUGAAGAGAAAGUAAUGCUAGUAUUUGCUGUCAGUCAAUGCGUUUAAUGUGUUUAGCUAGAGCUUCUGUUGUUUCAUGAGUGAGUUAGCAAAUGGCGCUAAAACGUUUUUCCUCGUUGACACCAAUGUUUGGGGCUUCGUUUCGCUGUAAAACAUUUGGACAGGCGAUAAAAACGAGUUUGUUGUCAGUAAAAUCCUACAGCACUGCAGCGGGAGGUGAAGACUCCGAAACAGUUGCGGGACAGAGCGUGGUCACAGAGCGCAGAGGGGCUGUGGUUUCCGUGGCAAUAAACCGUCCCGAGGUGCGUAAUGCGGUGAACCAGGAGACGGCGAGGCGUCUGCUGGAAGAGCUGGAGGCCUUCGACCGUGAUCCAGAGUUAAACGUGGCUGUCCUGCAUGGGAAAGGAGGGAAUUUCUGCGCUGGUUAUGAUCUGAAAGAGCUGGCCAAUCACACAGCCUCCCUCAAAUUGGAGCAAGAUGUCACCAAGGGUCCCGGUCCGAUGGGUCCGAGCCGUCUGCAGCUGUCGAAGCCGCUGAUAGCAGCCGUCAGUGGCUUCGCUGUGGCUGGAGGGCUGGAGCUGGCUCUGCUGGCAGACCUGAGGGUGGUGGAGGAGAGCGCCGUCAUGGGGGUGUUCUGUCGCAGGUUUGGUGUUCCCCUGAUUGAUGGAGGCACAGUGCGGCUCCCGCGUCUCAUUGGACUGUCUCGAGCCCUCGACUUGAUUCUGACUGGGCGACCAAUCGGAGCGCAGGAGGCUCUCGCCUAUGGACUGGCUAACAGAGUUGUUCCUGAUGGCCAAGCUUUGCAGGCAGCGCUGCAGUUAGCCGAGCAGAUCAGCUGCUUCCCUCAGCAGUGUCUGCGGGCCGACCGCUCCUCAGCCGUGUUCAGCUGCUACGACGCUCCCUCCUUCACUCAGGCCAUGCAGUACGAGAUGGACCAUGGAAUUCCUGUCGUCCAAUCAGAAGCCGUCAGCGGGGCAGCCAGGUUCACGACAGGAACUGGAAGAGGAGGAAAAUUCUCCUAGUAUUUAUUUGAAGAGGCCUCGGGAAUCUGAGGUGAUCUAACACAUCGAGCUGCAGCUCCACUGCUCUCCACAAAUGCUUAAUGUGUCUGAUCGGUUUUGCGUUCAGUUGUUAUCUUAACAUUCUUACUAAAUAUAGUGACAUGAAGUUGUGUGAUAUUCAAGAACUAAGUAAGAUUGUUUGCCUGGUUUUUUUUUAAACAGUGAUCAAUAAGAAUAGAAAUACCAAAUCAAUGAGAACAAAGGUAAAGUUAGUCUAACGUACAGUAUGUGUUGCUAAAUAUAGUAUUGUUAAUAUAUCAAAGCCACAAUUCUGAAAGGGAAUAGAGCUUCGUAUUAAGCACACACUGUGGUCUGGCUUUUAUUUGUCUUGAUGUAAACACAGGUAUUUCAGCUGUGAUUUUCUUCAGUCUGUUCCUCUGGUUUCUUGUGAACUAUAAAUACGCAUGCUUAAAGAUGUGAUCUUGCACCUUUUGUAAAAAAAAAUGUUCAAAGCAAAUCAUCAAGGAGAAUCCCUGAGAUGUCUUUAUGUGCUGGGCGAUGCAGCGCUAUAGGAAGCUGUGACCACAAAACUAAUCCAACACAAAAGACUGUAAAGGCAUCAAAAGCACAAAACCUGCAGCAGCUCGCCAUUGUUCCUUUGAGAAAACACUCGAUUACUGGGAUAAGACUUGUGUUCACGAACCUGUGCGUGUGCGUGUGAGCAAGUAACCAUAGCAAUAUACUGUAAUUAUUGCAGAAGAUUCAGCACUUCUUGUCAGAUCUGUGCCAGGUGUAAGCAUUCCUUUGGUUUUGGAGAACGCUUCCCCUUAAUUUUGCGUGUUGAAGAGAUGUGUGUGAGUGUGUGUAUCGUAGUUGAGCACACAACACGCAUUGAAGAAUCUGUGUGUGCGCUGUUUACUGUGAAGUCUUUUCUGACCUUUUAAGGUUCUUUAAUAAAAACUGUCUCGCAGGAAAAAGGGAGAACUAAAA